AACUAAAUGUAUACUUGAAUACACUAUUGAAAGUUUCCAUUAUUCCAAAAACAAUGAAAUAAAAGGGAAAGAACAAUAAGAGAAACAGCCGUUGUUGUACGUUGACUUUCAAUCUUUGUUCUUUGAUAAUUUUUCCACAUAAAUGACGUGUUUUUCUGUUUCCUAUCUGUUUCCCUCUCACAUGGUCUCAUAAUAUCUAUAUAUACAAUGCAUACUCGUCUCGUUGUUAAUAUAUAUAUUCAUCAAAAAACCAUAUCGUUAUUUCAAGAAGAUGGCUGAUUUGGAUAUGGAGAGGAAGAUGGUAUCUCCCAAGAAGCUCCACGUCACCAUUCCGGAGCUUUUUGACAUCUCCGUCUCCUCUCCCAUCUCCUCUUCAUCCUCCGCCGCCGCUUACGAACUCUACCUCCGUUUGCCGGAACUCAGAAACAUCUGGUCCUCUCUUGGCUUUCCUCAAUGGGUCACCGAGCCGGUCCUCAAACCAGCUCUUCAGGCUCUUGAGAUCACUUUCCGUUUGAUCUUGACCGUUGCUUCCGACACACGUCCAUACAUCAACCGACAAGAGUGGACCCGACGCUUGGACUCGCUCGUCACAAGCCAGAUAAAGAUCGUUGCGUCACUCUGCGAAGACGAUGACGAAUGCGUACCGGUUAGCAAUGGCUGGAGCUCAAUGAGCCUGCUGUCCGAGAUAGCCACGUGUCGGACAACGGAGAGCAUUGGUCAGAAGAUCUUGUGUACGGUCGAGAACGAAAUGCGUUGGUGUAAGUAUACACUCGGUUUAGGUGAACCGAACCUAGCCGGAAAACCGUAUCUCCAAUACGACGUCGUUUGCCGCCCGGAAGAGCUACAAAGCCUCAAGAACAACCCUUACGCUGAUCAUAUCGGGAAUCAAGAAAACCAAACGCUCUACACGAUUCACCAGAUUCUUGAAUCUUGGAUUCACGUUUCACUGAAUCUCCUAAACCGAAUCGAAUCAAGAAUCGACGAGGCGAAGUUUGAAAAAGCGUCUUCCGACGUGUACUUGCUAGAGACGAUAUGGAACCUUCUGAGUGAGAUAAAGGAUCUACACAUUCUGAUGGAUCCAGAAGACUUCUUGAAGGUCAAGAAACAGUUAAAGAUCAAGUCUACAUCACAAAACGACGCGUUUUGUUUCAGGUCCAAGGGGUUAGUGGAAAUGGCCAAGAUGUCUAGAGAGCUCAGACAGAAAGUGCCAGCUGUCCUCCAGGUUGAGGUGGACCCUACAGGAGGUCCGAGGUUGCAAGAAGCUGCGAUGAAGCUUUACUCGAGUAAGACUGAGUACGAGAAGAUACAUUUGCUACAGGGGAUGCAGGCGGUUGAGUCUGCUUCCAAGAGAUUCUUCUUCGGGUACCAGAAGCUAGCGGCGACGAUGAUGGGAAGCGCGGAGGCUAACGCGAAUAGAACGGCGGCGAGUCAUCACGAGACGUGUGACUCGCUGACUCAGGUGUUUAUGGAGCCAACGUAUUACCCGAGCCUAGACGCUGCAAAGACUUUCCUAGGAGAGUUCUGGAGCAAUUUGGUUUCCCGACACUGACACAGACUAAAUUAAAACACUAUCCACAGAUAUUGUAACACUACUGAAAUUUUUUGAAACAUGUAACGAUCAGUAUACGAAUAUAUAUAUAAAACUCAUUUUUACUUAG